GCAUCAUGAAGUUAAAAGGCAACCGUACAUUUCCGUGCAGACUCGCAGCUAGUUUUGUGUGAUAUUAUCAAAUAUCCUCACAAGUCAAGCACCGUGACUUAGUUCACUCGUCUCGUUGUUGUACAAAUGUGAUGGAGUAACAACUCGUGGAGUUUUAACAAGAACCACCGGCACGUGAGGUUUACCUGCGAGUCAAAAAUCGGGGUCCAAAGUACCCUGCGUCAAUACGUCACGCAAAACAGGAAGUUGGAAGCAACAUCAACCUGUGCGGCGAGAAAAAACGCCCCUCCUGGGUCAGUCACACAUGCUGUCCAGCAGUUUUAAAGAAUUCAAGGUUUUCUUUUAACGCGUUGUUAAUAUUUACGUCUGUCUGACCAACCGAGCUAACCCUGGCUUGUUUCGGGACGGUGACUUCUCCAUCCUCGACCACCUUUGCAUCAGUCAGUGGAAGAUGCUUCUUCGGACAUUGUGGUCGAGACUAGGAGCUCAGCGGCUUGCUGGGAGCAAACAAGUCUGUAUUGGGUCCUCGAUAAAAUGUUUGGGUGAUUCCCCAGCGUUCACCCCAAGGAUCCACUCCUCAUCAUGUACAAUCACAAGGACCUUUCAUAUAAACACAUUUCACCAGCAGCACGUGCAUAAAACACAUGUUCACCCUGCUGUGGCUGGGGUUAAAAAUUGUACUGUUCCUCUUUUAACCCUCCCCGGGACUCCGAUCAGCUGGAGAAAUGAUCAGCCUCGUUUCAAUUCAUCCGACAUUGUAAAGUCGGUGCUAAAGCCGACCUUAAAACCAGCGAUAGUGCCUCCUAAAGGGAAAAGGCCUCCUAAAGGACCACGAACAAAACAGCCUUCUCGAGCCAACCAGCCUUCAAUGAAAGAGGAUGAGGAUAUGAUGCAAUGCAUUGCCUUUGCGACAGCAGACCAGUAUCAUUUACCAACGCUUAGCCAUGACUUGAUAAACCAUGGCUUUCAAGAAAUAGAUUUACCAAGAGAUGCGUCCAAUGUCCUGGUGAUAAGCACAGAAAAUGCUGCUAAACCAGAUGAUGAUGCGCUCGUGUUUUUCUUCAGAGAGGGAUCAGUGGUUUUCUGGAAUGUCGAGGAGAAAGAGAUGAAAAAGGUUUUGAGACUAUUGGAGCAUCAUGAGAUCCAGUCCUACGAAGUGGCUUUAGUACACUGGGAAAACGAGGAGAUCAACUACACUGUGGGAGAAGGAAAUACAAAACUGGAGAGAGGCAAUUUUAUUCUUAGUUACGAGAUGGAGCAGCAUGAGGCUGUUCUGGAGAAAUUUGCAUUUUCAAACGCACUCUGUCUGUCAGUAAAGUUGGCGAUAUGGGAGGUGGCUUUGGACAACUUUGUAGAGUCAAUUCAGUCAAUUCCAGAGACGCUGAAGUCGGGACAAAGAGUCAAGCUUUCUUCUGCUGAGGUUAUGCAGAAGAUAGGAGAGCUUUUUACUUUAAGACACUGCAUCAACCUGAGGUCCGACCUGCUCCUCACGCCCGAUUUCUACUGGGACAGAGAAAACUUGGAAAAGCUCUACGACAAGACAUGCCAGUUCCUGAGCAUCAAUCGCAGAGUCAACGUUGUGAAUGAGAAGCUGGAACACUGUACACAGCUGACAGACCUGAUGAGGAGCCACUUGAGUGAAAAGCACAGCUUGAGGUUGGAGUGGAUGAUAGUGAUCCUCAUUACCAUUGAGGUGAUGUUUGAACUUGCAAAGAUGAUCUUCUAAUCUGCUGCUUCAAGAAAGCACAAUUCUAGAAUUGACUUUAGAGACUACAAGAGAUGAAUGCUGUACUGUGCUAAGGUACUCAUUAAUUUUAUGUCACAGUGAAUCACUGAAGCAACCGCAUAAUGUGAAGGGGACCUGAUUAGCCUUAGGUUUGUUACUCUUUCAUUGAACGAAGGAACACUCUUCAAACGCACAAUACAAAUUUGAUGAAAUUAUGUAUGUAUGUGUAUAUACAUACACAUACAUAUAAUCAUAUAUAAAAUAAUCAUGCUGCCACCACAUUUCAUGGUUUCUAAUUGUCUUUACAUGAUUUUGCUGUUUUACUGUCUGAUUGAUUGUUUAUGAACCGUAUUUCAUGUGUGUAGAGAUCUUGGUUCAAACUUGCUGACUAUUUGAGUAUAUUUAUUUUAGAUAAAUCACCAGGUCACACUCACCUUUAAGGAAAACAUUCAGGUUCAGGUGACCUAUUCUUGUUAAAAGAAAAGUAAAUGCACAUUCGAAUGUUUCUGCACUUAUUCAGUCCCAAACAUGGUGUGAGGUUUAGUUUUUUUGUUACUUGUCGAUCACUGUUUAUAAUCCAAAACAUGAACCCUGAUCAAACUGACUGCUGAGUAGGACUAUACAAACAAUACAGGAGAACUGGAAUAUGUGCAGGUAUUAUUUUAUUCAAAUAAACCAAUGUUUUGAUAAUAAAAUCCUGGCAAUACACGAAUAAAGGCCUCUCGAGGUUGUGUUUUA